ACGUUAGUGCCAGCAGUUCGUAGGAAACAUUGCGUUCGAUGUGAUUUGUGUUGAGAUUGGGCACUAACGGAGGCAAUCUUUUUACAUAAGCCAAUUGAAGGCAAUCACAAAUUUUCGUUUUGAGUUCUUUCGCGGAAAAAUACGAAAUUUUAAUUAAACUAAUUAGAGUAAUUGCUGAAAUUUUAAACAAAAAGUGUGUGAAAAUUCAUAAUGGAUUUAUCAACUGAUAUUUGGGGUCAACUGGCUGUGGAGGCGUCACAGGUGUACCUUUCCGAUGGCACCGUACGCUCACCCUUCGCUGAUACGACCAUCGAAAAAUUGCCCGACAAAGUGAUCUUACACAUCUUCUCUUAUCUAUCGCAUCGUGAGAUCUGUCGUCUGGCGCGUAUCUGUCGACGUUGGCGUCAAAUUGCGUACGACACACGUCUCUGGAAGAAUGUCUCGUUGCGUCCGGAAGUCUCUGGGUUGCAUGUGGGUUCACUGGAGUCACUGCUUGCGUUGAUCUCAGUGCGUUUUGGACCAACUUUGCGUUACAUUGAGCUACCGAUCGAGCUGAUCACACACACCGUGCUGCAUGAGCUCUCCGCCAAGUGCCCCAAUCUCACACAUAUGUUGUUGGAUUUCUCCACAGCCAUGCAGUUGCAUGAUUUCAGCGAAAUGCAAGCUUUUCCCACCAAGUUGCGUUACAUGUGCAUUUGCCUGUCGGAGGUGAUCUUUAUGGAGGGUUUCAUGCGCAAGAUCUACAAUUUCAUUAACGGUCUGGAGGUGUUGCACCUCAUUGGCACCUAUGAGAAGUGCGAGGAGGAGGAAGAGGAGAUUUACGAGGUUAUCAAUGUGCAUAAAUUGAAGUCGGCCACACCGAAUUUGCGUGUGAUCAAUUUGUAUGGCAUCAAUUUUAUUGACGACUCGCAUAUUGAUGCCUUCAGCUCGAACUGUAUUCAGUUGGAGUGUUUGGCUGUGAACUUCUGCAAUAAGGUGACUGGCAGCACUUUGAAGACACUGAUACAGCGUUCGAAGCGCUUGAACUGUUUGCUGAUGAACGGCACCAGUCUGAAGUCCGAGUAUGUGAUGCAAGUCGAGUGGGACAAAUGUGGUUUGCAGGAGCUGGAUAUUACCGCUACCGAUUUAUCCACUGAAUGCUUGAUUGAUCUUUUAACAAGAAUACCGAAUUUGAAGUUUUUGUCGGCGGGUCAAAUUAAUGGUUUCAACGAUAGCGUAUUGAAGCAGUGGAUGGAGUCCGGUUUGAUAAGAUCUCUCAUUUCUUUGGAUCUGGAUUCUUCGGACAAUAUUUCAGAUGAGGCAUUGCAAAAAUUCCUAACACGCCAUGGCGCACAACUGUCUGCCUGCUGCCUCUCUGGCAUGCCACAUAUUACCGAUCAACUGUGGAUGGCCAUACUACCAGUGCUGUCCAAUGCAAAAAUUAUUGUGAUGGGCACAGCGGAGAAGCUUGGCGUCAACAUACACGUCGAUCAGCUGAUGGACACCAUCGCAUCGAGCUGUGGCAACUUGGAGCGUUUGGAACUGAGAUGGGACCCUGAUAAUUUACGUUUCUCGGACAAGAGUCAGAAGGCCAUCGAUGUAUUGCGCGUCAAGUGUCUUAAGCUGCGCUGCAUGGUGUUGAGUGACGGACGCUACUACGAAACGGUGAAGGCGAACUUCGAGCGCGCCGAUCGUGUGACUGUUGUACGCACAACGACUUGCUGUCGCGUCUCACCUUACCAUUUGCUACGCAAUUACAAUGAAUUGAUUUUCAAUUGAGGAAGUAAUCAUGUUGCUGUUUUUGUUUUUGUUUUUGUAUUUUUUUCGCUCAAUAUCUAGUCUUGUUUUGUGUAUUUGAAGCGUUUAAGUUGUGUGUCGUAACAAAUUUGGUUUGAUGGCUUGUUAAUGUUAGAGCGCAGCUUAAGGUCUUUGAUAGUUUGUUUUUCGAAAAUUUUGUAAAUACAACAACAAAAUCAAUAAGUCUAGUCAGCGCUAAAAUUUUUGAACCAAAUAAAUUGCAAAAUUUAAUUUUUCUAUAAAUAAAUAUUUUUUUAUCACUUCCGGCUACAAAAAAAAGAGUGUUAUGUAUUCGUCUUUAGUUUGUUUAACAUUAAUUUAGACAAAAUUCUUUUGAAAGAAUUCGCUUUCACCCACUACCACAAUGGUCUCUCCAUUCUUUCUCUCUACACUCGCUCCAACCUUUUCAGCCAAUCGUUUGAAAUAAGAAAAUUUGUUUUUCAAAUAAUUUAAAAUUUUAAUUGAAUGUCUAAAAUUCUCUUGUCAUAAAAAUAGCUUAAUCAUUUCUUUUUUAAAUUGUUCAAACUCACAAAGUGCUAAGCUUUACAUAUACAUAUACAUAUGUAUGUAUGAAUAUUUAACAAGCGCAUACAUACACUAAUCGCAAAAGAAUUACCCACAGCCAGCUUCAGCCUGAAAUUUUCAUUUUAAUUAAAUGAAUCUAUAAUUGCUUUUUAAACAAUAUACAAAAUUAUAGUGUUUAUUUCAUUUAAUCUCGACUAAAUUCUUAAGUGUUUAUUUAAUGUUUUUUUAAUUAUUUUUUCUUUCUAUUUAAUUUAAUUUUUUUUUUAAAUUAAUUGUUACCGCUUUUUGUGUAUUUUAUGCACAAAUUUGAGUUGGCGUGUGUAUUAAAUAUGUUUGUGUGUAUCUACACAUUAACCAUAUUUUCGGCUCGGUGUUUUCGGUUGUGAUAUUUUCUCAUUUUUACGCCUUUUUCUUUAACUUAC